AUCGAAUAAAAAGACAAUUAUUUAAUAAUAAUAAUUAAUUAGCCUUUAAUUUUUAAUGCGGUUUCUUUCAUCUUUCUAAUCACAAAAGAAAUCUUAUUUGAAGUAUAAUUUAUUGUCACUCUUUUUUCUGUUUUAUAAAAUUUUCCUAUCUUUCAUUUUUUUCAUGGUUAUCACACAAAUGUCAAAAUUUUUGGUUGCAAUUUUCACAUUACAUGCAAAAUGUGCGAUUAUUGUUCGUGGAUUAAAAGGGCCUUUGAGAAGGCGAAUAUAAAAACGGAGAAUUUCGAAGAGGCAAACUGUGGAAUAACAGUGGAACCUAUAAUUAUUGUUCACGGUGGAGCGGGAAAUAUUCCGAAAUUUGCGAGAGAAUUUAUGUUACAGGAAGUGAAAAACGCAGCGAGGGAUACUUAUGAGAAAUUAAUGAAUGGCACGAAUGCAAUUGAUGCUGUUGUCUUGGCAAUAAAUCAUAUGGAGAGUAGGAAAUAUUUUAAUUGCGCAAAAGGUGGCUCGGUUGAUAUUAAUGGCGAUGUUGUCAUGGAUGCUGCUGUUAUGAAUAAUAAUUUUGAAGCUGGAUGUGUUGGAUCUAUAAGGGACAUCGAACAUCCGAUUGAUCUGGCAAGAGCUGUCUUAGAAAAGACUGAUCACGUUUUACUGGUCGAAAAUGGAGCUCAAAGAUUUGCUGUUUCAAUAGGAAUUCCCAUAUUGUCUUCAGGUUCGCUCCUUCUUUGUGAAGCUCCACCUCCGUCCAUCAACUCCCAAGAGAUUGAUGAUUUUCAAAACGAAGAUGAAUUCAAAGAAUUUGAUAAUUACAUUCCCAAAAUAGUUCAACAUUUAGUUGAAAAGUCUAUGGAAAUUCCUCAAGAAAAAUUAGCCGAAUGUGUUACUAGAAGAUUGUCAAAUAAAAAUGAGGAACAAAAAGAAUUUGAAAUAGAAGAACCAAUGGACCUUAGUUUGAGUGCAGUUGGAGCCGUUGCCUUUGAUCAAGAGGGAAAAUUUGUUUGCGGAACUUCUACAGCUGGAAAUCGGGGAAAACUGAUUGGUUCAAUUAGUUCAAUUGGAACUGUAAUUGGUUGUGGAAUUUUUGCUAAUCGAUUCGGUUGUGCUUCAGUUUCUGGCGAGGAUACGGCAAUUUACACCUACGCACCUGCUCGAAAAAUUGUCGAAAAACUCAAAAUGAGCGCAAGCAUUGAAUCGAGUUUAAUAGAAGAACUCAAUAACUUUGAAACAGAAACGGAUCAAUCAAAUGUCGGAGCAAUUGCCGUAAAUGCUAUAGGUGAAGCUGCAGUAUUUUUUAAAACCUUGCAUUUUCCCUGGGCAAUUUGUCAGAAUGGUCGCAUCUACUAUGGAUGUGUAAAAGGCGAAAAAUUUUCAGAAAAAAUCCCGAACUUGAAAAAAGUCUACAAUUGUAAGUGCAACAAAUAGAAAGCAAUGUGAGUGUGAGGCUACUUUUCUAAAUUAUAAAUUUUUCUGAAAAUAUUUUCCAAAUCAAGCGUUAAUAAAUCA